AUGACGAACCCUGAACUUCGUCGGCAAGUAAUCAAUAUCUAUAAAGGUUUGUAUACGAUAGAGUUACUCUUUCUUGGACGUAACUAUCCACUGGGCUAUGAAUACUUUAGGAAUAGAUUGCACAAGGCGUUUGCCAGCCAGGCACAUCUGAGGGAUGAUGAGCAGAUACGGAAGGGUAUAGCACGGGCGAAUUUCGUGAAGAAAGGUAUGUCCCUUCAAUAG